AUGGGUCUGUUUUUUUUUCCAUAUUUCAUAUCAAAACGUGGCGGACAAACGGAAAAAUCAGGGUUUUUUGCGUCGAAAACCUUUUUCUUAGACGCGUUUUAUUUUAUCAUUUUCAGUUCUUACUCGGACUGGAAGGUCAACUCGCAGAGCAUCAACAGAUAAAAUGGAGGUUCUACACUCAAAAAUCUUACUUAAUUCUCUCUAAAAUUUUAGAACAUCAUUGAAAAUGAUGAGGGAGCUUCCGAUACUGUAUCAGACAGCGAUGACGAUAUGCCAGAAGAAGUUCCAUCGAAGAAAAACGAUGUCCAUUUAAGUUCAAAGCCAGAGAUUCCCCUAGUUAAAACUGAAGAACCUACCCAAAGUAUUUAUGAACAGGCUAGUUUGAUUAAGCUUUUUUCAUGCUCAUUAAGUUAAUUUUUCAGGUGAAGUUGAAAAGACAAGCCGAGGAAGCCCGUGCUGAAGGCAAGAGAGCUAAGGAGAAGUCUCGAAGGAAAGCUAAACGAAUCGCCAAAGGAGUUUUUCAAUUGAGACAAAAGUUUGUAGUCCAUUAAAUUUUCAAAACUAUUACUUCGUAUUCCAGCAAAGCCGAAUUUCAAGUGGUGACCUUGAAAGAAGGUAUUCAACAUUCUCUCGAGCCUGUAAAUAAUUUCCGCGAGGAUCUUCUAAGAAACAGAACCGCCAACUCUCGUGUUAAAAGUGAUAAUAUCUUUCUUUCAUUUUGGAACAAAAAAAUUUUUUAUAGACGUCUCAUCGCAACUUCACAGAGCUAAAUGGGCGUCGAUGAGAAACUGA